CCGAGCAUCACUCCAUCGCGACCACCCGGUUCGCGGUAAAUUCGGUUUCUGUGAUGAGAUCGUGGUUUUUGUCCGGUGAUCGAGCUCGAUUGGAUCGGAAAUUCUGGCGGUUUAGCUUGCUCUGACUGAGAUAUUGAGUUAAUCGGUUUGCUAGCUGAGUGGGCGGCGACCUGUUGCGCACCUUGGUGAGGUCAAUCGCCGUGGUCUUUAGGGGUGGGCAUGCCUGGAAUCUCGAGGUGAGGAGUGAGAAAACUCGAGUUUUCUCGGACUGCCAGUAGUGUGAAGAGACGGAAGCACUUUGGUAAAGGUUUGGUUUUUCCACCGUGGGGUGGUUCCGAGGACAUUGGAUUGCGCGAACUGACUUUGCAAGAAUUGAUUCUUGUGAGGUUUGAACAAAAUCUGGGUGGGUUUACCUCGUUUGGUCUUUGUUUCUCGUGGUCAGUGCUUGGUCGGAUGGAAUGACCUUCGAAGGCCACAGAGUUGGCAUCUAUUACUGAACCACAUACAAAGGGAUCUCGAUCGGCUCUGACGGCUCCAGUUCCUCCCCAUGUCCUGUUCUUAGUGUCGGGCCUGGUAGCUGGAGAGGUUGGUCAAUCCUCCCAAGGUUUUAGCUGCCAUGACAGAUUUUGGAGGUACCUGAGAGUUCUAGAUGUCAAUUUCAGCAUUGACUCUGCUGUUGUUCGCACAAUUUCUCAGAGCAUCAGCUUCGGGGUUGGUACUUAAGUCAAGCGUUUGUGGUGCCGAUCGAAUAGUAUAUUCAAGCUAUCUAGGUCGUGAGUUGUUUUUCAUCAAUGGGUGUCUAGUCGACAAAAUUUUGUUCUGCGAGGCCCUCAAAAUCUGCGGCGCGAAAGAUUGCGACUUUGAAGAAUGCUGUGGCGUGAUUCCAUGUCGACUCGACCUUCCACAAGCACGUUGGCGUCUUAGCGGAGGAAGAAAGCUUUUCCAGAAAGAAUCAAUGGACAAAUCUGCAAUGAAUCGUAAGAGUAAUCGGGCAGGGGAUAGCAUUGACGAAGAUCAUAAAUCUCUAUCAUCCUCCAAAAUUUUUGGCAUGGCAGUACCGGGAACUUUUGCUGUCUGUUGUGUUUCACUUUGUGCCUGGUUCUAUAGGAAAAGGAAGGCAAAUGCUCACACAAUGCUUUCAAAGGACCUGAAUUCAAUGGAUUCAAUUUCCUCCUUGGAGAGGAACUCUGUUUCAGAAAAGGUUUAUUCCCAUGAAAAGUUCCUGGGCAGUCCAGCUCGGGUGCCCCCUAGUCCAAUGAGGGUUCCACAGAGUCCUAGAUUUUCAAUGUCCUCAUCUCCAAGACUCAGUAGACUUGGAUCGCUGCAUCUCAAUUUCAAUCAGGUCACUAAAGCAACAAACAAUUUUUCACCUUCAGUCCGAAUAGGGAAGGGAGGCUUUGGGACUGUGUACAGGGCACGGCUAGAUGAUGGUCAGGUGGUUGCCGUAAAAAGAGCAAAGAGGGAGCAUUUUAAGGGUUUGCGAACUGAAUUUAGCAGUGAAGUUGAGCUUCUAGCUAAGAUUGAUCAUCGGACUUUGGUGAAGCUGCUUGGGUAUGUUGAUAAUGGAGACGAACGCUUUAUCAUCACAGAGUAUGUGCCUAAUGGUACUCUAAGGGAUCAUUUGGAUGGCCGUCGUGGUAGGAUUCUGGAUUUUAAUCAAAGACUUGAAAUCGCCAUUGAUAUUGCCCAUGGCUUGACUUAUCUCCAUCUAUAUGCUGAAAGGCAAAUUAUCCAUCGCGAUGUGAAAUCAUCGAACAUCCUUUUGACGGAGACAUUGAGGGCUAAGGUAGCUGAUUUUGGGUUUGCAAGGCUUGGUGCUGUGGAUUCAGAUGAUUCCCAUGUCUCAACAAACGUGAAAGGGACUGUUGGUUACCUAGACCCAGAGUACAUGAAGACCUACAAGCUUACUACCAAGAGUGAUGUGUACUCGUUUGGAGUUUUACUUGUAGAAAUGCUGACGGGCCGUCGUCCUGUUGAACUAAAGCGGCCUUUUGAAGAACGUGUGACACUUAUAUGGGCCUUCAAGAAGUUCGAUGAGGGAGAGGUUGUUGACCUUGUGGAUCCAAGAUUGGAAGAAUCAGUUGAUCCUGGGAUACUUGGGAGGAUCUUUGGGUUGGCCAUUCAGUGUGCGGCACCCAUCCGGGCUGAUCGGCCUGAUAUGAAAGCAGUUGGCGAGCAGUUGUGGGCAAUCAGGGCAGACUAUGUUAAGACUGCAAGGAGGGGCAACUGAUCAAAAUGUGGGCAAGUGGGCCUGGUAUGAAGCAGUUGGCGCAGUUCAUUUAUUUACCCUUCUGAAGCUUCACACGGUCUUCACAGGUUUUCUCCCCUUAAGGACUGCGGUAGUCAUUAAAUUUGCUAUUUGUGUAUAUGUAUUCAUUGCAAUGUGUAUGGCCAUUUCAAGGGAAGGAAUAGUUCACCUUCUUUUGUGAAAAUUUACUGUUUGAUGACAGAACUUUGCUGCAUUAAGUACCGAGCAAACUACGAGGAAACGAUAGUAGCUUGCUGCAUAUGGUCAUUGUUUUAUUCUA